CUGUUGGAGGGCUCUUAGACUCUCCGGAACCUGACUGUGGUCCCCGGGCCCCAGGCUGUGGUGUGCCUUAACUCUGCGGUUAAGCGGGUGCUUGAGCCCCUCCCCCGCCACCAAGUAACUUGGGGUUCUCAGCCUUGCUGGAUGCCCCUGCCCUGUGCAGGGCAUCUGGACAGGCCCCAGGUGCACAGAAGUGGCCACCUGCACCCCAGCUGGGCUAGCUGUUCCGCGCGUGGCCAGGAGGAGGAGGCCAGCCGGCCGGGCACACACAUAGUUAAUCCUCAGCGGCUGCUGUUUGGCUAAAAUGCGCUGGGAGCGAUCUAGGCUCCUCAGCAGCUCACAUCUGGCUGGGUUUGCUCUUUACGUGUUUGUCCCGCUUUCUUCCUCUCUUCCUUUACUUUCGAGAAACCACGUUUCCGCUUCUGCCCAAGGAGACCUUGGAGCCUGCGGAGGAGAUAAAGGUGCUGGGACGGGACUGCCUAUGCUCCAACCUCCCCGCUAUCCGUUCUGAGGCUACUUCCCAGGGGACUUUUUUCCCCUGUCUCCUUCGACAAGUCUGUGCUUCCUGAGACCUGGCUCCGAGGAGGUUUUGCCGCUGGGAGAUGUUUUAAGAGGCGGUGCCGUGAGAGCCCCAGAGAGUCAGCGCGGGUGCAGCUCUUUCGGAAGGAGGGACCAGAAGGAAGAUGGGCUCCCAUGGACAGGGCCUUGUGCUGGGAUGCUGCCUGCUUCUGGCCUUCACCUGUGGCCCAGUCCUAGGCCACAUGCCAAGAGACCAGCAGGAGCAGGAAGAGGGCCAGGAGCUGCUGCCCCCACUGGACCAUGACAAGAGGAAUGAAGAGAAACAUGAAAAAUAUAGCCCCAGCCCGGGUGAGGAGCCCCCUGCUUCCCGGUGCUUUCGCUGCUGUGACCCUGGGACGCCUGUGUACCAGGCGAUCCCCGCACCCCAGAUCAACAUCACCAUCUUGAAAGGUGAGAAGGGCGACCGAGGUGACCGUGGCCUGCAAGGGAAAUACGGCAAAACAGGCUCCGUGGGCGCCAGGGGCCACGUGGGACCCAAAGGGCAGAAGGGCUCGGUGGGGGCGCCGGGGGACCGGUGCAAGAACCACUACGCGGCCUUCUCGGUGGGCCGGAAGAAGCCCCUGCACAGCAGCGACUACUACCAGACGGUGGUCUUCGACACGGAGUUCGUGAACCUCUACGGCCACUUCAAUAUGUUCACCGGCAGGUUCUACUGCUACGUGCCGGGCAUCUACUUCUUCAGCCUCAACGUGCACACCUGGAACCAGAAGGAGACCUACCUGCACAUCAUGCGGAACGCGGAGGAGGUGGUGAUCCUGUACGCGCAGGUGAGCGACCGCAGCAUCAUGCAGAGCCAGAGCCUGAUGCUCCAGCUGCGGGAGCAGGACGAGGUGUGGGUGCGCCUCUUCAAGGGCGAGCGCGAGAACGCCAUCUUCAGCGACGAGUUCGACACCUACGUCACCUUCAGCGGCUACCUGGUCAAGCACGCCUCCGAGCCCUAGCGCCGCCCCCGGGGCGGGGCGCCGCCGAGACCGCGCCUCCUGCCCUGCGGCCGCCGCCCCACCGCCCUGCGGGCCGGGUCUGACCCCGCGCCUCUCGCCCAGUCCCGGCUUCCUUGGCUUCUGCUUCCGCGGCUUUGGCACCCAACCAGGCGCCCUUGACGGGCGGGAAGCCGGCACCACGUGGCUGCCGCGGAUGAGAUCACUGGGUGGGGCGCCUGCGAGAACCUUCGGGGCCUCCAGUUCCCCUCUGCACUCAGCCUUAAGUGACCCACGGUGCCCUGUCCAAGACCCGAGCACCCUGCUCCCGGACCCGGAAGUGACUGAGCCAUUGCUUAAGGCUCCAGAGGAGCAGAGCCAGCCUGGGGAGAAAGGCCAGUCUUGCCAUGGUGGCCUGCCCCCAGCUGGCUCCCUGCGGAGAGCGUCCUGAGACCCCACCCAGGGGUAGAGCUAAAGGGGGAGCAUGGGUGGUGAGGAGGGACGUGGGCCUGAGGGCCCGAGAUCACACCUGGCUUCAUUCCACUAGGUCACCUACGAACCUUCUUGGGGGACAGCGGGACUGACCUCCAUGUCUUGCUAACAUUGCUGUAGCCUUGCCCGAGGGCUCAGCGGGACCUUUGGGCCACCGCAGUGAGGAUCUGGGCCGCACAUGUCAGGCCCUCUUCCGUUGGCUCUAGGCUGGUAGAAACCCAUGACUUGCUUCAGGCCACAGGCUUCUGGCAGUGGCUGGGGACCUCAGGGACCCCUGGACCUGCAGAUGUUGCUGUAAGGAGUGAAGUUCCAGGUAAAUCUGGGCUCCACUCCUCUUCCCCAGGCCACUCUGAGCCCUGCCGCCAUCUCUAUGCCUGCUGCUCUGAUACCGCGUCCUGCCCCUCCUCCCAGCUGGACCAGCCAUGGAGAGCACCAGGGCCUUUGGUUCUGUUUCUGUCAGACCAUCCUGCACCACGUCAGAGUCCUGCUUCCUCCCGGGUCCAGGAUCCUUGUCUCAGCAUCCAGUAUGUUGGUUGGUAGCAAGGCUGAUGGUAUCGCCUAGACCCGUCCACACCCAGGCCUCCUUGACCUGUAGCCUGAGGCAACGUGGGAGGGGCUUUCUCUGAGCCCCAGAGCAGGGGAGAGCUGGAAGGGGCUGGAAGGUACCCCCGCCUGCUUCUGGGGCUCGCGUUAGGUCAGUCCUGAGACGGGGGUAGAAGAGGACCCCUGAACCAACCCCUGGGCUCAGACUCAUGCUCUGGAAGGUGGAAUGUCCUCUGAGGCAGGAGUCUCUGCAGCUCUUCUGGGACCACCCAGAGCAGGGCAGGUGCCUUCCAUGGGUGCUCUGAAUGUCCCUGACAUUGGCCCUGUUUUCUGGCUGCAGGGUUGCACUCUCUGACCUUGGGGAACCGGUCAGCUCUUCCUCCUCACAUGCUGUGUUGCUCCUCAGCCCCUGUCACUCUCUCUACCCACCUUAGCCCUGACUUGCUGGCCGGGGCCUUCCUCCCCACCACCUGGUGCUUCUUGGUUUUGAACCAUCCUUCUUCCCCCCGGAGCCUGGUGACUGGCUUCCGAGGUCUGCGAGUGCCCACUUUUGAAGGACGUGUGCUCGUCCGAUUCCACAAGGUGCAUUACCGUGGGCGGGGUGGUCGGACGGCUCUUGUCGCCUGCUCUUCAGCUCUCAGACCAGCAGACAUUAAACUUGGAACCGUGUUUUUCAGCAUUCUGCCUCUGGCGUUUGCUCACUGAACCAAAUCCUCCUCUUCUUCUCCCCACCCCAGUGUCCACCUCCUGGGGUCCUUGGCUUUGUACUUGGGGACCUGCCAAGCCCCAGAUUGCCUUGUUCUUUGCAGGGAGAUGUGGCCUCUACAGGUGGGCCACCAGAACAAUUCACAGAGUGUGGGCAGCUCUGGGGACUUGGGUGAGGUGGCCAGAGGCAUGGGUUGCUCUUCCCAACUGAGAGAGUAUCCUACAAAAAGCAGAAGCCAGGGAGGUGUCCCCUGACCGUUCCCGUAACCUGGACAACUGUACAUCUGUCCUGGGUGGCUGAAAACAAAAGGAAUGUUUUCUCUCAGUUCCGGAGGCCAGAAGUCCAAGAUCAAGGGGCAGUCAGAUCUGCCUCCUUCAAGGGCUCUCGGGGAGGUCCCUUCCCGCCUUUUCCAGCUUCUGGUGGCCCCAGGCGUUCCUUGGCUUGGGACGGCCUCACUCCAGUCUCUGCCUGCUCUGUAUUCAUGAGGCCCCUUUCCUAUGUGUCUAGGUCUCCCUUUCUCCCCUCUACAAGGACACGUUGGUGUUGGAUUUAGGGCCCACCCUAAGUCCGGAAUGGUCUUCUCUUGACAUCUUUAACUUAAUUAUAUCUAUAAAGCCUCUGUUUCCAAAUAGGGGCUCUUUCAAGGUACCGGAGGUUGGGAUUUGCAUGUAUCUCUUUAGGACUACAGUAAAGCAGCCUGUGGGCUCGACACGCCCCUCGACAGCCCCCGACAGCCCCCUUACACCCAAGUGCUGGGGGACAGAUGCUUCUCCUCCUCCUUUUCAUUGCUGGCCAAAUGGGUUAGCAGCCAGGCCCUUCUCAACUGCCAGCGGCCAGCGCAGAGGCUCGAGCCAGCAGGCUGGCCAAAGGCUGGCCUCCCGCCUGUGCUCGGUCCUGGGUGGGGCCCUGUGGUCAUGCUCAGCCUGGACCGCGGCCAGAAGCAGGCAGAUACUGCCAUCCUGCUCUCUGUGGGACAAAGGGCAGGCCCACCUCUACAGAGCUGCGGCCACUUAGCGGAGCUGCCCUUCCUGUGAAGCUGGGAGAGGGGGCUGCGUGCCUGGAAGGAAUGCGUCGGCUCUGUCCAGGUGCCACUGACCACCCUCAUCCUCUCCAGGGACGGUCACGGGGCCCAAGCACACGUGUCCCACUGCUGGUUCGGUUUCCAGGGGAAAGGAGGUGGCAUCUGUUCUGAGUCCGCCUUAGGCCUCUUUAGACGCCACUCCCCCAACUCUGCAAAUUCCCCCUUCCCAGUCCUUAACUUAUCCGAUCCUUCCGUUUGUCCUUCUGCUCUCCAAACAUUUACUUGGUUCCUGCUUUGGGGCAGCCCGUGUGCCAGGCGCUGGGGACAUAAGGACAAAUAAGGUAUGGUCCUUGCCUUGCGGAGGACUUGUCCAGGAUUGUGACUGCAGUGGGACACAGGUGCAGCCCUCUCGGAAUUGCACGCUCAGUUCCAAGUUAUCCGCUCCAUCUGAUACCCUCCCCAUGCAAUUUACUGCGUCAGGGUCCUGUCCCCGUUUCCUGUUCCCAGUCAGGGAGAAACUGGCUAACCAUCUCUGCAAAAGACCUGAUAACCGUCACAAUACAAAUAGUGUUUUAGCAAAGGGACUUAGACUGAGGGGUCGGGCAGAAGAAAGAGCUGCUGACAGUAGGAUUUCCCUGAGUCUUCCUAGCCAGAUCUGGGCAGAGGAGGGCACAGCUGACCCUCGCCCUUGAGGAUGAUUUUCUGUGGGUUCACCAUGACGAUACACUGAAUGAUAGAAGCUGGCUUUCUAAAGGAUAAAGUGAGCCAUUCUUUCCCAGAUCAUGGGGUGGGGGCAGGCGGAAAAUGCAGGAUGUUACAGAAAUUAUAAACAAAGCCAGAAGGCUCUACAUGCAAAAGAACGUAGCUGGGCCUCUACCUCACACCUUGUACAAAAAGUAAUUCAAAAUGAACCAAAGGAGCAAAUGUAAACGCUCAAACAUAAGAGCCAAAGUUCUUAGAAGUAAACCUAGGUACCAGUCAAUCUUCAUGACCUCGGAUUAGGCAAUGGUGUCUCAGACAUGACUCCAAAAGCACAAAGAGAAAAAGAAGAAAAGCUAAAGUGCAUGUCAUCCAAAUUGUGAAUGUGGCUGUUUCACAGGGUGCCUUUAAGUGAGGACAACCCACAGAAGGUGGCAAGUGUUUCCAAGUGUUUCACAUCUGAUCAGAGACUUACAUGUAGGAUACGUAAGGAAUUCUUGCAACUCAAUAAUAAAAAGACAUGCCCCAGUUAGAAAUGGGCAGAGAGCCGAGGAAACAUUUCUCUAGAGAAGGUUCCAGGACGCCAACAGACAGUGAGCAUUAGCAGCCAUUGGGGAAACCAAGCGAGCCACAGUGAGCUACGAGUCCACCACCAAGAGAAUGGCUGCAGCCAAGAGGAUAGAUCCUAACAAGUGCUGGCAACGCUGUGGGGAAAUUGGAACCCAGAUCCACGGCUGCUGAGAAGGUGAAUUGGUGCAGCCUUUUUGGAAAAGAGUCGGGAAUUGCCUCAAAAUGCUAAACACGGGUUCCAGCUGACCCAGCAGUUCCACUUCUGGGUAUGUACCCAAAAGAAAUGAAAACACACGUCUGUGUAAACACCUGUAGGUGGAUGUUCCUAGUAGCAUUAUUUGUAAUAAGGAAAAAGUGGAUAUGACCUAGUGUUCACCAGUGGAUGAAUGGAUAAAUAAGAUGUGCUCAUCAUGAAAGGAAUAUUACUCAGCAAUAAAAAGGAGUGAAGUACCCAUCCUGCUAGGACACGAACACACCUCAGCAACAUUAUCCUAAGGGAAAGAAGGCAGACAUGAAAGGUCACCUUCUGUAUAAUUCCAUGAUUCCACUUACACAGAACACCCAGAAGAGGCAAAUCUGUAGAGACAGGAAAUAGAUUAGGGGUCUCCUGGAGCUGGGGGUGGGGCGAAGGGGAGAAACGGGGAGUGAGUGCUAGUGAUUUGUGGUUUCUUUCUGGAAUGAUGAAGUGUGCUGAAAUUGAUCACCCUAGUGGUUGCACAACUCUGUGAUUAUACCGAAACUCUUAGAUAGUUGUACGGUAUGUGAAAACAGUUAUAAAAACAAAACAAAAAACAAAAACCCACGUAAAAACAAACAAGAAAUCAGGUCCCUGUGCCCUUCUCAUCUGAGUGCUGGGAAGUCCUGGAGCUCCCGAACCAGACCCUUCAGGGUCAGUCCUGUUACUCUGGCCCUGGCUUCGGACGGGCUGGAGGCAGGCCAGUAAGUAGAACGGGAGCGUCAGGGUUAGUUCUUCCAAGAACAUUGUUGAACCAUCAUUUUGAAUCAACCGAUGGGUGAGAUCACUCAAGUGCAAGAGGCUGAUCGCAGGGGAAGCAUUCCAGAAGGGACGAGUAACGGAGGAACACGCCUUCUCUCCGAACCCUUACACAGCUGGGUAAGACGCGGUGACCUCAAGUGCCCCCGCCUCCACAGGCAUCAGAAUCCAGCCCCUCCCAGGGUGGAAGGGAGCACAGGGAAUUUCACUUUAGAGACUGCUACCAAUAGCAUAGGAAGUCCAUAUGCUCUGGAUAAUUUGGAAGCCUUCCCACCUAGACAAAGCAUCCCUCCAACUGUUCACUCGAGAUGCUGCUAAGUUAGCUGUGCAUGCAGCUCGGGAUCUGCUUGCUAAAGAUACACCAUAAGAACGUCCUCACGCUCUGUGUGAGGGAAAAGCUCACGGGAGAGCUGCCAGCACCCACUCAAACAGCUGUGCCCCUUCCGUCCAGAGAGACCAAAGAGCGCCAGACUGAGAACGGUGGCAGAGAACUUUAAUAAACACAGAUAAAGACCCAAGUGGAGAACUCUAGGAGUGAAAAACUAACAAAUAAAACUAAGAACUCGAUGGGUCAUACAGAGCUACAGAGAAACAUCAGUGAAAUAGAAGAUUAAUCAGAAGAAAACACCUGGAAAGAAGUGUGGAGGAACAAAAAGAUGGAGAACACAGACCAGAGGACACAUCUUGCAGAAGCGACGCUGGGAGAACCAGGCCUAUCUAAGAGCCAGACACCAAGGCAGAAGGCACAACGAGACCAGAGCAAGAGGCUGGCGGACCCAGGUCUGCACAGAGUGCAAGUGACUAGGAACUCGGGACAGAAGCACCUUGUGAGCAACAGCAAGACAGGUGGAUCCCCGCACCCCAGAGCAGAAGGAAGGGGUUUAUAUGCUACGCUAGACAAAGGGAGACGGCAGUCAACCAAAAUGCACCUGGCCUUUCUCAAACUAACAUGCCCAAUGCCAGUUAAAAAUAGUCAGUGACUGGCAACAAUUUUGUUUUUCUUGUGGGGUUUGGGAUGUGUGCUACCGUUACCUGCCAGGCAAAAUGGCGGCCAUAACCAAGAUGACCAGAGUCAGGUCAUGCUGGAUGCCCACAAAUGUCAAUAAGAAAGUGUGAUGUUUGUGUGAGUGGAGAAGAAAAUGAGAGAAAAGGCAACAGAAACAAUAUUUGAAGAUAAAAUAACUGAGAAGUUCCCCACAUGACUCAAAAUCACCAAGGUACAGAUUCAAGAAGCCCAGUGAAUCCCAAGCGGGAUAAAUAAAAACCAAGUUCACACCCAGCAUGGCCUUUUGUGGUGAGACUAUUAAAAAUCAGAGACAAAGAAAAACAUCCCCUCUUUCUUAAAAACAAAAAGGGGAAGAUACUUUCUUUUCAAGGGAUCUAUAAUAAGUAUGGCAAUUGACCUCUUGGCCAAAGGGGAAAAGUCAAAAGGCAGUGGAAUGGCAUAUUGAAAGGCUGAAAAAAGAACAGCCAUCCAUCUACGGUUCUAGUCCCAAUUGAAACAUAAAAAUAAAGACAUCUGCAAACAAGCAAAAAUUGGAAGAAUUUUUCACUAAGAGAAAUUGAUCCCAGAGGGAAGGUAAGGGAUGCAGGAAUGAAUGAGAAGCCACAAAAGUGGUAAGUUUGUGGUAUUCUAAAUGAGCCUUACUUGUAAAAAAAUAAUAGUCUUGGAAAACAGUGUGGAAAGUUCCUCUGUUAAAGAUAGAGUUACCAUGACUCAGAAACCCCACUCUUGAGGACAUACCCAAGAGAAAUAAAAACAUGCUCCCACACAAAAACUAGCACAAAAGUGUUCACAGCAGCAGUGUCCGUACCACUAAAAAAGGUGGAGGCGCCCCACGUAUCCAUCAACGAAAGAAUAUCUGAGUCAAGUGAGAGGGGCCCGCACGAGGGGAGGUGAUCUGGCUGUAAAGGAACGAAUCCCUAGGGUGUGCUACUGCACAGGUGAACCAGCCUCAAAGCAUGCUGAUGAGCGAACAGCACCAGGCACAAAACACCACAUAUUGUGUGCUUUUGUUUAUGCAAAAUGUCCAAAUAGGCAAACCCGUAAGGACAGGAAGUAGAUGAGAGGCUGCCUGGGGCUGGGUACUGGAGAGGAGAGAUGAGGAGUGACUGGUAGUAGGUUUCUUUGUUGGUUGUGGUCGUAGUCGCAGAACUCUGUGAAUAUAUGCACUGAAUUGUGUACUUUAAGUGGAUGAAAUAUAUUUCAUGUAGAUUACAUCUCAAUAAGUGCAUAAAAAUAAUGACUUUGUAGGUUUAGAAUAUACCUAGUAGAGGGUCUGGGAAGAUGGUCGAGUGGGAAGCACCCGGACUCGGCCCCCGCGCUUUUGCAACCGCACUGGUGGAACCUGUCUGAGGGCACUUUGGGAAGACUCCAGGGGAGGCUUGGAAGGAGGCCGCGGUGGCUUUGGUCAGUUCCAGCUCUGCGCACAGCGGCGGCUACCUACCCCUGUUCCCACCUCUGCAUUGGGCAUCUGUGUACAACCUCGUGGAGCAGAUUGUACGUAGCACGUGGGAGCCAGGUGGGCAGAAGACCCGGCCCUCCAGCUAUCAGUGAUCCGUGCUCUGACCACUGGUCACUGCUUCUGAUUUCAGAGGUAAAGAACAGAGGCAGCAGCCACUGCUCUCCCUCUCCAAGCCCCUCUCCCUGCUGAAGUGACUUCCAGGGAACGUAAAGGACCUUUUAUCGCCUUCCUCCAUUUUUCCUCUUGGGGUACAGACAUUAAAAAUGAGGACAUUCAAGAACAGCUGCAUAUGCAGGGAAAAUCACAAAGUGAGCGCACGUGCCCAAGGAAGGCGCAGGCUCAGAAAACAUCUGAGGAGUCCCCAGUUCUGCGCCUCAGUCUGACCCCGGCGUAGAGACGAGACUUACUGAGCACGUAAAACAACAAAACAACCACAGCAACAAAAACCCAGAAAACUCCGAGAAGGGGAAGAAUCAGAUUUCCAGAGUCUCCACACUAUGAGAUUCAUGUGUCUGGUUUUAAACAAAAAUCACAAGGCAUACAAAGAAACGAAAAAGUAUGGCACAUCGGAAAGGGAAAAAAAAUCAACAGACGCUCUUUUUGAAAACAAAAACACUUGAUUGCAGUUCUAUGAGACAAAGACUUUAAAACAACUGUCUUGCCAGGCACAGUGGCCCAUGCCUGUAA